CCUUGGAGGCCUGAACAAACAGGAGCUCUCUGGCCACUUCACAGUUCCCAUGGUGUGUGGGUGUGUGUGUGCGUGUGAGGUGAGGGAGAGCGGCCCCCUCCGACGGCCCUUUUUUUUCUUCUUUAGAAAAAAAGGAAGCCGCGUUGGUUCAGGUGUGUGUCCUGCACGGCUUAACCAUUAUACCCAGACCUCAUGCAGGGAAGUUCCUCCGCCGACGUCCUCGUAUCACUUCACACUCGGAGUUUCACUCGCAGCGUUUCAUUAUCUGUGCCUCCUGUUUUCUGGGGACGAUGUUGGAAAAGAGCCUCUUCCUCCUGUGCUUUUCAUCUGCCCUGGCGAAGCAGCUCUGCGCUCCAGAUGCUUCAGAUGGCUACAAAGUUCGACUCAGCAUCAGAACCGCUCUGGGAGAUCAGGCCUACGCCUGGAACGAAGACGAACUGUUCCUCUUCCGGGCCACCUUGGCCUUCGCCAUGAGGAAUCGCAUCAGCGGACAGCAAUUUGAAGUGUCAAACAUCAUCGUGUGCGAUGAGACGCCCCGGGUGUCCUUCUGGUUCGUGGUCACCUCCCCGUCGAACACUUCGCACCUUGUUGACAAGGAAGAAGUGGAGGAGGCCAUCAGAAAGUCCAGGAACCGGAUCAACAGUGCCUUCUUGCUGACCGAUAAAACUCUGGAGUUCCUCGGCAUCCCUCCCACCCUGGCAGCACCAGUCAGCCCCGACACCCCCCCAUGGCUCAUCGUGUUUGGGGUGGUCAUGGGCGCCGUGGGUGCCGGCAUCGUCGUCAUGCUCGCGUUCUCUGUGGUCCAAAAGAAACGCAAAAAGGAUGGGAAAGUGGUUGACGAGGCCGUCGAGGAGGAGACACGGGCGAAGACGACGGAUAAUGGUGCCGCAGGUGACGGUGUUUACAACAUGUCAUUCUCAGACGAUGAGCGAUUCACAGAGAUGUGAAAGGGCUGUGUAUGAAAAACUCUAUCAGGAAUGGGAUGGGGAGAAAAAUGAAGACGCUCCACGUGGCCUAUCAAUUCACUGUUGUAGUUUGUGAUAAGAGUUGUUUUUGAGUUUCUCAUUUUCAUUAUUUUCUUUUUUGAGGUUUGAGGUAUUUUGCUCAUCAUUUUUCUAUACUGUCAUAUUAAGAAAAACAAGCACUUUGCUUUCAUUUUUUUCUAAUGAACGUGUACGUCUUCUGUGUAAAUCACAUUUGUGGAUAUUUUCCCAGUGGCCCGCGUCUGAGAUCUGCUCCAUGAGAAGGAAGCCAAACAUUCAAACGUAUUAUUCCUUUAUAGGGCAAAUGGCAUUUGACACAACAGAAUCAUUCCCAGCUCAAUACUGCCGAUUGUUGAUGGUGUAAGACUGAGAUUUGUGGCAAACAAACUGAAAUCUUAGGAUGAAGAAUGUGCAUGUAUCUUGAUGUAUCGCUAUGUUUAUUUUAUUCUAAUUGGGAACAAAAUUAGAAAGCUAUUGACUAGUUGCUUACUAUAUUUAACUCACACACCCCAGGCCGCCCAGAAAAAUAUGAUUCAUUUUGAUGUCACAUCAAAGUGACAGCCCGGAGGAGUUGUCAGUCGUGAGUGGACCCUUUUGCUGUCUAUUUGUCUGCCAUCAUCCUCCUUCUUUUUCCAGACUACAGAGUGACAGUGAAAAAUCCCCCUAGAGUCAGCGUGGGCUUAUAGCUGCAGCACUCGAAGCUGUGUUGUUCAAGCCCUUUGUCACGACGGCUGGCAAAAAAAAACUUCUAUUUAAACAUCGUCGCGACAGUCGGCGCGCAGCAUCCUUUGAGCUUGAAUGCAGAGAUUUGUGUGAUCUGAUCGAUGUCUUUGUACAAAAUAAAGUUCUGCUUUCAGGCCAUUGUAGGUAAAAAAAUAAAUAAAAUCGGGGCCCAAAUCUCCGAGUUGUGACCAGUUAAUCCAAAUUGGAAAAGGGGAUUCUGAUCUGGUUUUGAACCACUAAUGAAGGAGGAGAGAAAGAUGUGAGGUGCGACUUGUUUCAAAAUCCUGGCAGGCCCAAUUAAAAAAAUAGGGUAUGGUCCCUUCAGGAAGUACAAAAUCAACCCCCCUCCUCAUAUUCAUACUGCCCCUUCGCUUCUCCUUUUAAAGCCACAAAACCAUACACAUAUAUCAAUACAAGCCAUAAACUCCAAGGCAGCAAGAAUCUCAACAAAUAACUUGUUUUCAUGAAUUCAUGUAAACUAUUUAGUCUUUUAUUUCGACUGAACUUCCAGCUACUGUGCUGUGAUCAUACAAAAACACUGGUUGGGAGGCAGCACGGAUGCAAUCCGCAGGUCCACCUUUAGGUGGCGCCGUUGUACUGCCGGUUGCUGUGGUUACAGUCUCGCCUGGACAGACAGACAGUCCCCCCCCCCCCCCCCCCCCCCCCCCGUUCCACCGUCCUCUUCUCUGCAAUUCCUUUUUUAAGUUGGCGUGUGAACAUUUGAAUUUCAAACAUAUUUUAAUUCAACUUGAUUUUAUUUCCGUCCGACUAUUUCUGAAGCGAUAACACACACACACACACACACACACACACACACACACACACACACACACACACACACAGAGUCCUUCACAUUUCACAAGCCUAUAUAUUUUUAGCUCAUUGUUAGAUUAAGUUUGUUCCCAGAUGUCUACGCCAGGAUGAGUCUUCUGUAACGUUUUGUGAACUGAUAUUUCCGCAGCAGUUAGUAUUGUGCUCGAGGACAUCCACACUAUCCUGGCAAUAUGCAGCGUGGUCAAGACUAGUUAUCAUUUGGCACUUCAUGUAAUUUUCCUCUCUUUUUUUUUCUUCCCCUGCAUUUCUGUCUCUUGCCCGAAGGAGUCCGGUCUUUUACAACUCAUUUUUCUUGUCACGGAGCCAAAGAUUUCCUGUCAAAUUUAGCUCAUAAGCGCUGCACGCUCAUAAGACCGGCAGCUGAUUGGGACCUAAAUUCCCACUGCAGAGGAGAGAACAGAGAGUGGGAAAUAAUUGCAGAAAGUCUAAAUCAUUCUGUAUCAUAUUAUAGAAAAACAAUGCAAUUAUUUUUAAUGACUCUUUCCUUAUACGUUCUGAAUAAUAAAUGCGCUUUGAAAUAGACUGAAUAACAUCACACAAUCUCUAAGUAAACGAUUGUUUUGCUGUUUG